GUAGUAGUCGUAGUACUAUAAAGUGCAGGAAUUGAUAAUUAUUUUUACAGAUUUAAAACUAGUCUGACACCAAACUAGAUUUUCCCCUCUUCCCCCACCUUUUUUUUUAGUUCAACCAGAGCCUUCUUUAUAGGGCACUGAGUUCAACUACUUCUAGUCUUACGUCAUAUGUACCUUGUUAAGUCCUCUUCAACACUGUUUUCGUGUGCUGUUCUGACAUUUUAUCCUAAAUACCCACUUAUGAUUAAUACAGCCUCAACUGUGUCUGAUUAUACUCAUCAUGACAUAAUGUUUAGCACAAGAAAUAGAGCUCUGCUUCUUUUGAUGCCUAAACUAUUGACACAGGUUCUUUAUUUGUAUUUUGCAUAUUUGUCUUUGUUCUCUUUCUCACACAUCCUCCUUCUCAAACUUUUUACACACAUACUUCCUGUGAAACUUUCUGGCCAGCUCAGUGGUUUUGUUCUAUGUGCUGCUCUGAACACUUCAGAGUUUUGACUUGUCUUGGCCAGAUUCUGUUAUUCAGUCCUGUUUGUCUCAUUGUCUUUGGCUUUAUUUUCAUCAGACUUCACAUCAGGGGAUUGGUGGCUCCUGUACAUGACCCCAAAAGGAAUGCAGAACUAAAAUUCUUAGAAAGUUAAUAAUCUGAGAAAGCAGAAGCAGAUGUCUGGUGUUCUCUGAGGUAAAUGUCCUUCACCCUCAGCUUGCAAUCACCAUGGCUGCUGCUUUGCCCCUGUGUUACCAUGGCGCCAUCAGCAAGAAGGAGUGUGAGGAUCUGCUGGGAAAGAAGAGCAAGGAUGGAGCCUACCUGAUCCGAGACAGCGAGACCAUUCAGGGGGCAAUGUGUCUAUGUGUUUAUAAAAGCAAAGUGGUGUACACCUACAGACUCCUUCAGACACACACUGGACAUUAUACUCUUCUGUCAGCUGGAGGUUCAGGGGAGAUAUUUUUUAAGACAGUGGAUGAACUACUCCAUCACUAUAAGAAAAAGAAUCAGGGCCUGGCCAUACACCUGCGCCAUUCUGUGAAAAGACGGACGGCCAUGUUGAUCCAGUCCCGAAAAACACCACAAGAGGAACCACGGAGAGCCCAGGAUUACCCCGUGGCUUUAUCUGCUGCAGAGGGUGAAUAUGAAAAUGUUUUUUCCUCAGCUGAAUAUGUUGACGUCCUGCCCUCCUCCACAGCUUGAUCACAUCUCAAAUGUCAGUGUGAUCUUUAAACAUUCAUCACAAGGACAGCUUUAAAGACAUUUUGGGGGAGAAUAUUCUGGACUGUGGCUAUUUAAAUGGACUAUAUGUGAUCAGAAUGGAUUAUAUGCAGAUUACCAAAUAAGAAAGCUAAAGACUUUAUACAUUUUAUAUAUAGCUUUUUCUUAGCCCUCAUAUUGUCUUCCCUAUUUAAAGUUAAAAAACAAAAGAAAAUAAACUUCUAUCAGAGCUUGUAUACAACCCAUAGUUCAAUAUCCUUGCUUUCAGAAGUACAAAUACAAUAUGCAUUAUCUGUAUUUUAACUGAAUGUCUAUUUUUAUGGCCACCCUCUACUUUCUUUUCAUUUUACCACAAACAUCUGUACAUUUCGACUUCUUAUAUGUACAAAACAGGCUCAUUGCUUGAGCCAAAAUGUGAAAAUCAAGACCAGCCUCAAUCCAAAUCUAAAUAGACGGGACAAUAACUCAUGAAAAAAGAAAAAGUCCUGUGUGAAUCCACGGGCUUAUUUUAUGUAUGACAAGUGACAGCAACAGGACAAUAGUCAAAAAAGGUGACUGGACUGCAGAGAAAAGCUGUCAUGUGAGUGCAUUUUUUUUGCAUGUGUAUAACAUUUGAUUUGGUUUGAAGAUACAAUGAUUUUAUGUUACAUUAAUAUGAUGUGAGGUUCACUUCAUUUUGCACAUAAACAGUUGGAGCUGGCAAAAAUGUUCGUCGGAGCCUAUUUUUUACUUUUAUAUGUUGAGAAUACAUGUCAGAGCAUGUAAUAUUAACUUUUACUGCAGAUCAAUGAGUAUUUCUACUGUGUACUUGUGCAAGUAUCUGUACUUGUAGUGGAGUAAAGAGUGUAUUUUUGUCACAUG